CAACUCUGGUGACUUGCUUCUAGAAAAGUCGGCAUUUUUCGCAUUUUCACAUCGCACGGCACAUUUUGCAGCGAGUUUCAUUCAAAAACUCUUCAACAAAAAAAAGGAAAAAGGACAGCAAGUAGCCAGCGUCAUCCGCUCCGCCAGCAGAAAUGGACAAGGUGAACGAACUCAAGGAAAGGGGCAACCAGGCGCUGAACGCCGAGAAAUUCGACGAGGCGGUGGCGGCAUACACAGAGGCCAUCGCGCUGGAUGGUCAGAACCAUGUGCUCUACAGCAACCGUUCGGCGGCGUUCGCCAAGGCCGGAAAGUUCCAGGAGGCUCUGGAGGAUGCGGAGAAGACCAUCCAGCUGAAUCCCACCUGGCCGAAGGGUUACUCCCGCAAAGGGGCCGCCGCUGCAGGCCUGCACGACUAUAUGAAGGCCUUCGAGGCGUACAACGAGGGUCUCAAGUACGACCCCACGAACGCCAUACUCCUGCAGGGUCGCACGGACAUCACGGCCUCGGCCCUGAACUACAUGCAAUCGCACGGCGAUAUCCCCAUGGACGUAGAUCCCCAGCAGACGCGCAGCCGGCGGGCUCCGUCGCCGCCGCCAUCGAAGCCCGCUGAGCCCCAGAAGCCCGCCGAGCCGCGGGUGGAGGACAUGACCGAGGAGCAGAAGAAGAAGUACUUUGCCAAGAAGGAGAAGGAACUGGGCAACGCCGCCUACAAGAAGAAGGAGUUCGAAACGGCCCUGAAACACUACAACGCUGCCAUCGAACACGAUCCCACGGAUAUCACGUUUUACAACAACAUAGCUGCCGUUUACUUCGAGCGCAAGGAGUUCGAGGAGUGCAUCAAGCAGUGCGAGAAGGGCAUCGAGGUCGGUCGCGAGAGUCGCGCCGAUUUCAAGCUGAUAGCCAAGUCCUUUGCCCGCAUCGGGAACACCUAUCGCAAGAUGGAGAACUACAAGCAAGCCAAGAUUUACUACGAGAAGGCCAUGUCCGAGCAUCGCACGCCUGAGAUCAAGACCUCGCUGAGCGAGGUGGAGGCGAAGAUCAAGGAGGAGGAGCGAACGGCCUACAUCAAUCCGGAGAAGGCCGAGGAGGAGAAGGAGCAGGGCAACCACUACUUCAAGAAGGGCGACUACAGCAACGCCGUUAAACACUAUACCGAGGCCAUCAAGCGCAACCCGGAUGACCCCAAGCUGUACAGCAACCGCGCCGCCUGCUACACUAAGCUGGCCGCCUUCGAUCUGGGCCUCAAGGACUGCGACUCUUGCAUCAAGCUGGACGAAAAGUUCAUCAAGGGCUACAUCCGCAAGGGCAAGAUCUUGCAGGGCAUGCAGCAGCAGUCCAAGGCCCAGGCCGCCUACCAAAAGGCCCUUGAGCUAGACCCCAACAACGCGGAGGCCGUCGAGGGCUACCGCCAGUGCUCGAUGAACUUCCAGCGCAAUCCGCAGGAGGUGCUCAAAAACGCCAUGUCUGAUCCGGAGAUUCAGCAGAUCCUCAAGGACCCGGCCAUGCGCAUGAUUUUAGAGCAGAUGCAGAACGAUCCCAAUGCAGUCAAAGAACACUUGCAGAAUCCAGCCAUCGCCGAUAAGAUAAUGAAACUGCUGGAAUCGGGCAUUAUUCAGAUACACUAGGCACUCCACCCCAAAAAAAGAACACACUCCCUCACACUCACCAACUCACACACAAACCAUAUUGAUAAACAUUCAGGAGACAAACCCCCAACAAUACGCAUUAUACAAAAUUUAUGGCACCUCUAAGCUGGUUAACUAUGUAUCGUUUUUGAUGAAACGGGCCACAAUUAAUGCUAAACGUAAUUACCUUAGAAAUCGCAACGCCUAAAUGCAGAACGACGAUAAACUACCACUAACUAAAGAAAUUUAAACUAAAAGGAGAAAACAAAAUCAUUGAUAAAUGUCUGCCUAGUUGAUUUACGCAGAUGGAAGGAGUAGGCUCCAAACGUCAAGGUUCUUAUUUUCUUACUACAAUAAAUAUGCUGUAGCUUAGCUCUAAAA